AUGAGCUGGUGGUCGAAGGCUCCCCCUGCUGCUCCGAGCAGCGAGAAAGGAGACAACACUGCUCUACCCGUUCCACCAACUCCGAAAGAAGCUGUGGCAGCUCCCAUUUGCGCAACCACUGCUCCUCCUGUUUCCGAGCCCGCCACUCGCGCCCUGAGUAGAGAAGAGCAGGCUGAGCAGGAAUGGGUCUCAUUGUUGAAAGAACUACAAGUAGAAGCAAGUGAUGGACAGCCUGAGAAGGCAACAUUCACCCAGAAAGAGACAGCAUCGCAGCCGACGCCCAGUGGGACUGACAUCUCGCCCAACUCGUUGUACCCGACCGAAAUGUCCUGUCGGUCCGCGUUCGACUAUGCAAUGUUCUGCCAAAGCUUCGGAGGUCAGUUCGUCAACGUCUACCGUUACGGUUCCUUCCGCUCAUGUUCGAACCACUGGGAUGACUUUUGGCUCUGUAUGAGAACAAGGAAGUGGGACAAGGCGGACCGCGAGAGAGCAAUUCAAGAGCAUUACCGAAAAAAGGCAGUCAAAUGGAAGACUGGGCCCAGUAGCGAAGACGUAUGGGAGGUUAGAACAGAGCCGGUCAAGAAUCCCAUCUCUGGAAACUUUGCUGAACUCGAGGCCGAAUUGGAGCAGUUGAAGAAAAACAACCCAGCUGUACCCGAACCUUGGACCCCAGCACAGUAG